CGUGUCGUAAGAAAGGAUUUAAAACUCACAUAUCCAGGUGAUGUCCUUGACCAUAUUUUAGUUACAAUUAACAGUCCAUGUACUGUAUGGUCUAAGGCUGAAAUUCAUGCCUCACCAAAGAAACGGUGAAUAAAAGGCGUGCAUCGAUAGCAAAAAUUCAGUUUACUUCUGUUCCUCAUAGAGGAGAAGGCCCUAAUACCUAUUACUGCCUACUUACUAAACUUCAAUAUGUUGCCAUUCAAAAAGACCACAAAACAAUAUUUAUUCCUUCAGCAAUUACAUAUUAAAACUGCGUUUAGAUCCUGAAGAUUGAAUACCUAUGCACCAAAACCGAUUUCAGGCCAUUUUCAUUUCCUUUUGCGAAUUCGUAUCAUGGGCGUCAGCAGAACGUUAUCCCUGUUAGCCCUUCACUAGAUACGCCCAUGAUCAGCGUAUAAUUUUGUUUGACAUAACCUCAAAAUUGAAAGGUCAAUAACCCGUAAUGGCGACAUAAUUGUAAACACUAACCAGUUCAAAUUUAAAUGGACAAUUAUCAGGAUUACUUUGUGUUAUAAAAAGCAUCGAGGGGCCUUCAGAUUGUGUGCCAUAGCAUUUUAAAAAAUGAGGUGAAAAUGAAAAACUAUAUUUACCAUGUAGCAUUAACAGUGUGGCGUAAAAAGACAUCUAUGCUUAUAGUGGCUUGUCUACUGGUCUUGUUGAUGCUAGGGUUGCAGUUUUCUCAGUCGGAACAGGAGAAUGCCAGAUUUAAAGAUGAUAAAGACCAAACGCGCGCAGGAGAUUUGGGACAGUUUGCCAAUGUGAAGUUCUUGGAGUCUUUGGCAAAGCAAAGAAAUGCGGGUAAACUUACGUUCAGUGACUCUUCGAACAAAGAGUCUCGAAAGGGGCUGCCCGAAAACGAUAGGUCACAGCAAGAGUUGGAAAAGAUGUUGGGUAUACCGUUCGUCAACUUAGAUGUUAAGAACCCCUAUAUUCCCAAACAACGUAUUAUACAUCUUGAUUUAAAAGGUGCACCUCCGAAAGUCGCUUAUUUGAGGAAGAUUUUUCCAUUACUGAAGACUUUGGGCGCAACCGGGUUACUAAUAGAAUAUGAAGACAUGUUUCCCUACAGUGGCAUUCUAAAGGAGGUUAAAGCGGGAAAUGCGUAUUCUGUUGAGGAUAUCAAUCAACUGCUGACAGCGGCCGAGGAGUCAAAGUUGGAGGUAAUUCCUUUGAUACAAACAUUUGGACAUUUGGAAUUUGCGCUGAAGCAUAAUAAUUGGAGUAAAUUGCGAGAGGUUUCUGAUAGUCCUCAAGCGUUGUGUCCCAAUCGAAAUGGCACUAUGGAGUUUAUUAUGGAGAUGUUGAAGCAGAUGCUGGAACUACAUCCUAAAAUCAGCUACUUGCACAUCGGAUGCGAUGAAGUGUUCCAAAUGGGCGAAUGCGAGAUAUGUCGGUUAGAGCUGCACGAGAAUCUUUUUCUGAGGCACGUCUCGAAUGUGGCGAAUCUCGUCCGCAAACAUUGGCCACACUUGAGACUGAUAAUAUGGGACGACAUGCUUCGUCACCUAAGCCAACAGAGCUUGCAAGAUUUCGGGUUGGGGGAACUGGUAGAGCCAAUGGUGUGGGUUUACGCUGAGGAUAUAUACAGAUUUGUGCAGUCGCCCGUAUGGGACAAGUACGCGAGUGUCUUCAAAACCGCAUGGACCGCAUCAGCCUUCAAAGGUGCUUUCGGUGAAAGUUUAUACGUACCUGACGCACGAAGGCAUCUCGAAAAUAAUUUGAGAUGGCUGGACGUGAUGUCACAGCAAAAUCAGCUGUUUAAGCAGGGUCUCUCGGGUAUUAUUUUGACAGGGUGGCAGAGGUAUGAUCACUUUGCCAUACUUUGUGAGUUAUUCCCCGCAUCCCUUCCGUCGCUCUCUCUAAAUUUGCUAGCAGUUUCCACUGGAUACUUUAACUUGUCACUCAAAAAUCGUUUACUAUCCGCUUUAAGUUGUCCCGAGCACGGAUCAGGUCGUCCCACUCCAUUUAUCGCGUUAGAAGCCGAUCCCCAUUUAUGGGACAAAAUGGGCAGGUGCAUGUUUCCGGGCAGCCCAGUGUUUAGAUUAAUGUACCGCUUGCACAAUACCGAAAAUGAGGUGGUGGAAUAUUUGAAGGUCACACAGCAGCAGAAAGGUUGGCUAACUGCUUACAAUGUAAGACGUAAUUAUAGCCUUCCUUUGCGCAUUGACGAGUUGACCUCAGAUUUACCACGAAUAUAUCAUAGUUUACUUGCGUUAAAUCGAGCCGUCGUCGAUAGCAUGAAUGAUAUAUUUGAUCAUUAUACUAUCGGCGAGUGGAUAGAGCAGAGAAUAUAUCCUUAUAUAGUCGAGUUAGAAAAAAUACAAAAUCAAACUACCAUUUUAAAAACUGUUAAUUCUUGGCCUUCUAGACCAUUACCGCCUUUAAAAGAUUUACAGAGAUUAGGAGUAACCUUACCCGAGAAUUAGUAAGUAUUACGUGUUUGAAGUCUGAAAUGCUCUCUUUGUUGUUUGUGUGAAUCCUUGUUAUACAUUAUUAUCGUUUACAUCAAGCAAGAGCCAAUGGAAAUAUCAAAAUUGCUUAUUUAAGUGCGCAGGCAGCUUCCGGUAUUAAUAACUAUAACUUAUGUGCCAACUUUUUUGAUAUUUCUGUGGAUUAUGUAAAGUAUUAUAUGUGUAUUUUCACAACAAAAUUUAAAGGCUGAUGUGGCUGUUUUUAGUUUUAAUUUAUUUAUUUAGUUACCCUUAUAGGGAUUGCUCAGAAACCUCCGUAAGAUGAGAUAAUAUUAUGAUCUUGAACACUACUAUAGCUUUGUAUUUAGAUUGUGAUGCUUAUCCUAGUUUUAGCAAUACAAUUGUUCCCUUAAAUCGGUUUUCGAAUUUGUACCCAACUUACUGUAUUUUCCAUGAUUACAGCGAACUUUUGACAAACAAAUUGGAUUCCUUUCUUUUUUGAUAUCAUAGCCAAAAUUCCAUUUUCAAUACAUCCAAAAACCAACCGCAUUAACUGUGUGUAUUUUUUUGUGAUUAUUCCUGUGACCCCACGUUGGGCGCCAAUUAAUACUGCUGGUUGCAAUAGAAUGCAGUCUAGUACACCACCCACAAAACACCUAUCCAGCUAGCCCAAACAAAUCAAAAUUAAAACAUAAUUUAUCCUUGUACACUUCCUGCAUCUGCUACAAAAAAUUCCAAUAUUGACUUAAAAUUUCGAUCAACUUUCGAAAAUUACAAAUAUUUUAUUACAGUAGAAGUAUCAACACCUGAAAUAAAUCUACGCGAGAAGGUAAAUCAGACAUAAAAACUAUCCGGGUCGCACAUUGGGUUCGAAUAAACAGACAAUUAAUUGGCAAUGACAAAAAUUUAUUCCAAAACACAUGAAAUGAAAAUUAAACAAAAUUUCUGAAAUAAAAAGAAGGUUGUUUGGACGAAUUACCCCGCACAUAGGCGGUCGACAAAAGAAAUAAGAAAAUCUUACAAUUAGUUUUUCUUAAUCUGAUAAUAAUCGUAAUAAUCUGGUCUUUCAACGAUUUGCGAUAAACAAGACGCACUGUGCCUCUGAACCUCACUUUAAUACGCAAACUUGAUGGUAAACGAAGUGGCUUGUAGAAUAACGAUAAAAAUUAUUAUUAAGGGCUGUACGAACGGUGUAACGUUAUAACUUUUUAAACAGCAAAAGAACCUCAACAGACUGCCUCACUUAGUGCUGUGGGCUCCAUGUUGUGUACUACCAUAUUUAAUAAUAAUCCUACUUUCAAAACGAUUACAUAUCAAAAGUACAAAAUACAGGAAUUUUGAGCUCUGAAAUCGACUACCUUAAUUAAUUUUAUAGCUUCCGUGACUUGAGGUUUCUGGGCAUUCAUUGUUGUACAAUUGCUUUAAGUGAUUACGAAAGAUUCAGCGUUACUUCUGUAAACAUUUUACGGGUUGGAACAUUGCAUGGAGCUAAACGAACAAACACUAAGCACUUAUGGUUAAUUUAGCCAUUUCUUUUCCUAAAUCUUAAGGUUGUAAUAGACAGAAGCAGAGUGUAACGUUUUGCAACCUUAUGAAUCUUUCUAAAACAUUUUUAGCAAUACAUAAAUUUACACAAAAUACUCUUCCCAGAAAAAGACAAAAGGACUGAUUUUUCUAAUACUUUUCUUCUUUUUCUUAAGUAUAGUAUCCAUAGCUACAUUAUUUUUAUGUUAAUAUUGUCCUAUCAGUAAUAUUAUGAUGUAAGAUAAGUUGUGUGUUAAAUUGCAGUUUCUACAAUUAGUUGUUACUGUUUUCAUGAUCUUCCUUCUGAAUUGUCCCGCAUAAUUCUUCCGUAGUUUAUAUUGAUAAGUACAGUACAGUGAGUAAACUUUCACUCGGAACUUACAAAUCGCUCAUGUUCAAUUCUUAAAUAUACAAGAUAUGCAACAAAUCUUUUCAAUUUGUCAAUAAACGCAAAUAUCUGAAUUAUUUAUUAAAUUAAUAAUUAUAUUCUCUAAUUUUUGAGUAAGGUGGGUUGCAUAACCGUCAUUGACAUGUAUAUUUUGUAAUUGAACACUUCUAAGAUUGAACAUAAGAGUUAAUACCUAUGUAUUCAGGAGAUUUGUAUGUUCAGAAAAAUUUACACACUGUAUAUUAUACUCUUUUGAAAGUGAUGAUUUUAUAGUCAUUGCCUUUUGUAAAUUACACAUAACACUCAUCGUUGAGGCUCUGAGUAAAUUUCCAGUGUUUUAAGUAUUACCAAGUAAAUAAUACGUUAUAGUCUAGUGUUAUUUUUAGCCUUGUAAGUAUUAUUGUACAAGAUCUGUGUUAAGAUUGGUAGCUACGACUUUAUGAAAGAAAAAAAUAAUAAAUUUUAACAAAGAAAAUAUAUAGGUAAAUUAUAAUAAUUAGCAAUCUGUUUAUGUAUACUUGACAAAAUUCUAAUUCAUUGCACAUUUGUAUUUCAACCUCAUAGUGAGUAAAGAGUUUUAAUAGACAUAUUG